AUGAAGGCGUUCUCUCUCGCCUCGUGGGCGCCCCUCGGGGUCGCGCUGCUGGCUUCUGGCGCAUCCGCCGCCGACGCUGCUUGGUCCACCAUCCCGGCCAUCCAAGCCUCCGGCCAGCACUUCUUCUACAGCAACAAUGGAUCCCAGUUCUACCUGAAGGGCGUUGCCUAUCAGCAGAACUACGAGCCCAAUGGCACGGCCAACAAUGACCCCAAUGCCCAGUACACUGACCCUCUUGCCGACGCCAGCGCCUGCGCGAGAGAUAUCCCGUACAUGAAGCAGAUCUUCACCAACAUCAUCCGAGUCUAUGCUGUUGACCCCACCAAGAACCACGACGACUGCAUGCAGCAGCUCGCCGCCGCCGACAUCUACGUCGUCGCUGAUCUGAGCGAGCCCGGCGUUUCCAUCAACAGCAACGACCCCUCGUGGAACGAGCCGCUCUACAAGCGCUACACCAGCGUCAUCGACUCCCUGGCCAAAUACAACAACGUCAUCGGCUUCUUCGCCGGUAACGAGGUCGUCAGCGCCAGCAACCAGACUGCUGCUGCUGCUUUUGUCAAGGCGGCCGUCCGCGACACCAAGGGCUACAUCCAGCGCCACUACCGCAAGUCUCUGGGUGUGGGAUACGCUACGGCCGAUGUCCCCUCGAGAGACGAGCUGGCGGCUUAUUUUGCCUGUGAACCCGAGGCCAACUCUCCGUCGGGCAUCGACUUCUGGGGCUACAACGUCUACUCGUGGUGUGGAGAUAGCAACUAUGAGAAGUCGUCGUACGGCGAUCGUGUCAACUUCUUCUCCGACUACCCCGUUCCUGUGUUCUUUGCCGAGUAUGGCUGUAUCGAAGGUGUCGACGGCGGCCCAACACACCGACCUUUCACGGAGGUGCCCGUCCUCUACGGCAACAUGACCGAGGUCUUCUCGGGCGGUAUUGUCUACCAGUGGUUCAUGUCGGAGAACAACUACGGUUUGGUCCAGAUCGAUGGCAACAACGUCUCGCCCUACCCAGAUUUCACGUCGUUGAAGAACCAAUUGGCCACUGUCAGCCCCUCCAUUACCCAGUCGAGCAACUACAAGCCGGCCAACACGGCUCCUGCCUGCCCUACCGUGGGCUCCUCUUGGGCCGCCGCCCCCUCGCCCCUACCGCCGACCGUCAACCCUGAGCUCUGCGACUGUGAGCAAGCAGCCCUGAGCUGUGCUGUUGGCUCGGACGACGCCACGGCGUACGGCGACGCCUUCAACUUCAUCUGUGGCAAGAAUGCCAAGUACUGCGUGGGCAUCGAACGCAAUGCCACCUCGGGCACGUACGGCGCUAUCGGCGGAUGUGACCCCAAGGUUCAGUUGGGUUUCGUCGCCAACUCGUACUACCUGGACAACAACAAGGCUUCGUCCAACUGCGACUUCAACGGCCUUGCCACGGUACAGAAUGCCGCCAGCGCAGACACGUGCACUGCACUCCUCUCGGCUGUCGGUACCGAUGGUACGGGUAGUGUCCCUACUGCGACGGGUACCCAGGGCACAGGGGCAGCAGGCUCUUCGACAUCCAGCUUCGGAAUACCCGGAUACAGCACACCGGCCUACUUCGCCGUCGGAAAGACGCUCUUGGCUGUCUACUUUGUUGGCCUGGUGGUGUCUGGCGUUGGCAUGCUUGCUUUGUAA